GUCUCCAUGGCGGGGCCUCGGAGCCAAGACGAGUAACCUGCAGUCAAUCACGGUGUGAAAAUAUGGCAUCAAAACUUCAAAGAAAGCAACGCCACUGUGAAGACACAGCUGUAGCUCUUGCAUAAAAGAAGCUAAAACUAUCAUGAUUUAGUGCCCCCAAAAGAAGGAACUUCAAUGGAUAAGAAGGGGCAUUUCUGGGGGCAGUAGAAUGUUGAAGGCCGGCCAUUUAGACUUGAGCCACUGCCUGAAGGUAUGGUGAAGCUGACAGAUCAGGAGAGGAAUGCUAUUGGAAAGAUAGUUUGCUCAUCACAGUUCCUAGGAGGAGGGGAGCAUGCCCCCCAGUGCAGGGCCAUUCAAAAGAACACCAAGCUAUUAAAUAGAAGAAAAUGGAAUUGAAUAAGAUGUCAGCAUGGAACAGUGUAAUGAUGCAUUACAAGUCAACCAUAAUGAUGUUGAAGAUUCAAAAACAGAUGCUCAAGAAUUUGAGCAUCUAACCUGUAUGGACUCUGGGGAUACUUCCUUUGGACAAAAUGAUUCUCCUGCAGUUUUGCCCAUCCCUACUCCUGAGGCAAAUAAUUCACCUACAUCACAGAAUAUCGCAGGGCCUCUGACUCAGACGCAGACUCUUUCUACAGAGCAGUUCCAUCUAGUGGACCAAAAUGGCCAUCCUAUUCAAUAUGAACUUCAGACAUUGGGGGACUCUAAUGCACAAAUGAUGCUUGUUGCCAGCCCAUCAGAAAAUGGACAGGUGCUUCGCGUGAUUCCAUCCGCCCAGACAGGAAUGACGCAAAUGAUUAUACCACAGAGGCAGCUUGCAGACGUCAGCAGUCCUCAGGAUGUCCCUGAAGAGAAGUCCAGUGACAGAAACUUACCAGCUGUAAGAGUGGAUGCUCCAGCAGAUGAUACUAGUAGUUUGAUUCUUCCUCCACAAGCAACCCUCACAUUGCCCAAAAAGUCAGUGGCCAGAAUGCUUGAAGAACCUUUUUUGGCUCCUCUUCAGCCACUUUCUUCUAAUACACCUAUCUGGGCCUGCCGCCUUAGGAGCUGUGAGAAAAUUGGAGAUUCAUACCGUGGCUACUGUGUAAGUGAGACUGAAUUAGAAAGUGUCCUAACAUUCCACAAGCAGCAGACUCAGAGUGUUUGGGGGACCCGCCAGUCUCCAAGCCCAGCGAAGCCAGCCACUCGCCUGAUGUGGAAAUCCCAGUAUGUCCCAUAUGAUGGAAUCCCAUUUGUCAAUGCAGGGAGUAGAGCUGUGGUAAUGGAGUGUCAGUAUGGGCCAAGGAGAAAAGGUUUCCAGUUAAAAAAAAUCAGUGAGCAGGAAAGCAGGUCCUGUCAGCUCUACAAAGCCACUUGUCCAGCCCGGAUUUACAUUAAAAAGGUACAGAAGUUUCCUGAAUACAGAGUUCCUACAGACCCUAAAAUUGAUAAGAAAAUAAUCAGAAUGGAGCAGGAGAAAGCCUUUAACAUGCUAAAGAAGAACAUGGUAGAUGCUGGUGGUGUUCUAAGGUGGUAUGUACAGUUACCUACCCAGCAAGCCCAUCAGUAUCAUGAAUUUGAGGCUCCCUGCCUCCCCUUGUCGCCUUCCCCUUUUCCCAUGUCUUCUCUUGAAGAACAGGAAGCUGCAGUUAGAGAUGAGAACUGUGCGUUACCCUCCCGUCUACAUCCUCAAGUAGCACAUAAAAUUCAAGAAUUAGUGUCACAGGGAAUAGAACAAGUAUAUGCAGUAAGGAAACAACUAAGAAAAUUUGUGGAAAGGGAACUGUUCAAACCUGAUGAGAUACCUGAAAGACAUAAUUUAUCUUUUUUUCCAACUGUAAAUGAUAUAAAAAAUCACAUCCAUGAAGUACAGAAAUCCUUGGGAAAUGGAGACAUGGUAUUUAAUUCAGACAUCAUUCCAGCAACGCUUCAGUGGACUACAGAUAGUGGGAAUAUUCUCCGAGAGACUGUGACAGUUACAUUUGCAGAAGGAAAUUCAUCAGGAGAAUCAAUUACCACCAAAGUGGAAACAAAUCAGACAGGGGGUUCUUUGUCUCCAGAUCCAACCCAGUUGCUUUCCUCACUUUCCUCAUUUCAGCCCAAAUUAUUUACACAACUACAGGGUUUGCAGUUACAGCCAAGAUUCGCCUCUCCUGACACAUCACCAGCUCUGCUACCAGUAGAUAAUCACCCAUCCUCCAGUCCGUCAAGACUCCUGGAUUCAAUAGGAAGUGCUGUAAUGAAUAAUAAUUCUCUCCUGCUUGGUCAAAGUCACAGCCUUCAAACAGAUACAUGCCUAACCCCAGACAACAGUACUGCCUCUACCAUUGCUAACCUCCCAGAACCCGAUCAAAAUCUAGUUGAAGUUGAUCAACUAGCUGAAGUUGAAGAUGCUGAAGGUACAGUAAAUCUGGAAGGAAGUGUUCAUCAGAUUCUCUUGGAAGAUGUGCAGACCCUUCCAAUACGGAUUAUGGACAACCACCCAGCUCUUAUUGAAGAAAAUACAGAAGGUACUGUUUCUGUGAGCCAAGUAAAGCAAGAACCCAAAGAAACAACAUUGUCCAUGGAAGCAAAAAAAAAAUUGGACUGUAAGAUAUUAUCUACCAUAUAAAUUACUGAAGCUUUUCAGGAUUUACAACUCUGGUGGCUUCUGAUGUCCUAGCAAAGAAGGUGAAUAUUGUCAAAGCUCAGCGUUGUGUUAACUGGACUGAAGACUGGUUGAUGAUCAGCUUUGAUUAAAAACUGAGUAUUUGUUGCCAAUUCCAUAUUUUUCCUUCUUUACAAGAUAUUUAACUCUUCUUAUUUUGUAUAAUUCUAAUGUUUUUUGAUUAUUUAAAAAGGUUAUUAGUUCAAAAGAUCAUAUGAGUUUAUGCUUAAUAAUACAGUCUGAACUCAGAUAGUUAAUCUAACUCAUCCCUGGAAUUUAGAAGACAAAGAACAACAACAAAACUGUGUGUGAGUGAGUGUGUGUGUGAAGUCCUGGAAAAACUUAUUAUCACCUUAAGGUUGUGAAGAAAAUUUUAAUUGGCAGACAAGUGAGAGAAUAUUUGUAGUCUGCCUCAUUUAGAAAGAUAAAGCAAUAGGUUUUAUAUCACAACAUAAAGCCCCACAAUCACGUCUGUGGAAACCAUGCAGUUGCAUUUUGGCUUCUUCCCUUCUGAUUUCAAUGACAUACUAAAGGUCAUCUAAUAAAAGUUUAAAAUGUUUUGGUAAGUGCUGAAAAAUUUUAAUAUGAAUUAUUCAGAUGAGCAACAGAAAUCAGUAUGUAGCAUGAAUUUAUACCGUAGUGGAGGUAAAACACUUUUUGCAUAGAAAGAUGUAGAAAUUGAGAGAAUUUGGAAAUAAUAACAAUUCCCUGAUGUUUACAGAUAAUUUGGGCAACUUUUUGAUGACAGCAGAGGAUUUGUUUCCCUUUUUUGUAUUGAAGAUUCAUCUCCAAUUAGAAAAGAAUUUGAGUUAUAUUUACAUUUUUCUAUACCAGAGUUCUUACUGAAUUGAUAAUAUUAGGAUUUAUAGUAUUUCAAGGUAAGUAUUUAUAGUUUAAAAUUUAGUUCUUAUUUAAAAUUUUAUGACAUCUAAUCUGAUAUGUUUGCUUGUUAAAUAAUUGUAUAUUCAAAUACAAUUAAGCAUAUUCAUUAUAAGCUUCUGUUUUCUGGAAGAUUAGUAAACAAGAAAUAUGAAGUAUAACUGUCAAGAAAUCAACCUAAAGGCUUUUGUUUUUCCAGAGACCAUAUGUGGGUAUGUUUUAAAUUUUAUUAAAAAAAAAUUUCAAAUAGCAAUUAAUGUUUUAUAUUCAAAGCGUAUGUAAUACAAUGUGAAAUGUAACCUUAGUGCUUUACAUGAAUAUGAGUCAUUUUUGUCCUUUCUAAAGAAGUCCAGUAUCCCACUGUUUAUUUACUUUAAUUGUUUUAGGUAUGAAAUGUAUAUGUAAAUGUAAGGCACUGUUAUAUUAGAAAUAAGUGGAUUUAUACCCUGCUCUUUAGAUUUAUAUCCUAUUUAAUAUAAAUUAUUUAUAUCCUAUUUAAUGCAAAGUUAGUAGUUAUGUUAUUUUUAUUAAGAAUUGCUUUUAUUUUUCCUAAGUAAAAAUAUUUGAUGUAAGUGCAUUUAUUAGGGACAAGCUGCUGAAUUUGAUUGUGUUAUGCUGAGUUCAACACAACACUUAGUUACCUCAAACCCAGAUUUUACUCAUUUUGUAUGUUCUCAAAACAAGUAAGUCCAACUUAAUUUAUAAUUUAGUGCUGCAAUAUAGAUAAUAUUCUUCUCUUAUUUCUGCUUUUAAUGGAAACUUUUUCAAAAGUUUAAAUAAUAGAUCUUUACUUUUCAGUAUAGAUAAUGGUUUAUUAUUAUAUAUUUCACCAAUUUAUGUUCUUUUAGAGACAUUCCUUUUUUUUUUUUUUUUUUUUGAUGUUGAGUUGCUAAGGAGAAAUGCUUACUAAAUGAAUUCUAGUAAGUUACCUCUGAGAGUGAGAGCUGUCAGAGGAUUCAGACUCUAGUACUUGAUCAAAACAUAGUCAGAAAAUAUUUUUCUCAAUUAUUUGUGAAUGUCUCUUCUGAUACUGAUUUUUAAUCAUGAGGACAGAAAGUUACAGCACAUCUUUCCUGCAAAAAAACAAAGAAAGAAAAAACACGAAAACCAAUAGCAUGAAGGAAGAUAUAAAUCCCUAAUUAUAUACUCUUUUGGUUUUUAGGUAGAAACUGGAACUAUCAGUAUUUCAUGUAAGUAUUUAAAUGAAUAGCUCUUUCAAAAUGGUUUUUAAAUGAUUUUUUAAAAAUUAAUUUUUCCCCUAAAUGCAUGUUUAGUCACAACAUGUAAGUAUUGUGUUUAAAGGUGCUUGGCAUCACUUUUUGAAAACUAUGUUUACAUAUUUUAAGUGUUUAUUUUUUAAAUGCACAGGCUGUUAAAUACAAGUGCAUACAAUUUUCACUUCCUGUGUUUGGCAUUCUCCUAACAGCUCUACAGCAAAAUUUGACCUUUGUUCUUUUUUAUUAUGUAUUACAAGGUGUAAUAUCUGUAGUAAAGAGUUGUAUAUUUAAAAUAAGUACUUGCAAAUUCAUAAUUACAGCUUGCUUAUUUCAUUAUUAUAGUUUUCCUGUUCCAAAUUUGCUAGUGAGCUUUAUAUAUCCUACAGUGACUUAUAAUUAUAGAUAAAUACAGCCACAAUGGACCUUUCUCUCAGUAGUAGUGUUCUAUGUGAACAGUUACUAUACUUAAAAGAAAAAAGUUUUAUAUUUUAUGCAAGGUAAAUGUUUCCUAAAAGUCACAAAAGUGAUAGAAAACAUAGGUUUGGGGAUAGGGUCCUGUGUUAGAAUUUCUAAUUUUGAGGCCCACCAGCCUGUGUUUCAUCUUCUUUAUACCCUGUUAAAAUAUAUACUCAAUCAUGUGGGUAAUAAGAAAUAUGUUAAUUUGUACCAAGUUUAAAAACAGGUAAAAAAACAAAGUAUGUGUGUAUAUAUUGUAAGUUAAUGUACAGU